CGGAAACGGGUGGACCCUGCGGCCACCCGAGAUCGUAGUGGGUAUUGUGGGCAUCUGCCCGGUGCUUGGCUUGCCUGACUACCAAUUUCUGCCCACCUCUCCCUCACCCUCCGCUAGGACGCCAUGAAAGAUUCGCUGGUGCUGCUGGGACGCGUCCCAGCGCACCCGGACUCCCGCUGCUGGUACCUGGCCUGGAACCCAGCAGGGACCCUGCUGGCCUCGUGCGGGGGCGACCGGAGAGUUCGCAUCUGGGGCAGAGAAGGUGACAGCUGGAUCAGCAAGUCUGUCCUUUCUGAUGGCCAUCAGAGGACUGUGCGAAAAGUAGCCUGGUCGCCUUGUGGGAAUUACUUAGCCUCUGCCAGCUUUGAUGCUACCACUUGCAUUUGGAAAAAGAACCAGGAUGACUUUGAGUGUGUAACAACUCUCGAGGGCCAUGAAAAUGAGGUCAAGUCAGUGGCCUGGGCUCCAUCUGGCAACCUUCUGGCCACCUGCAGCCGAGAUAAAAGUGUCUGGGUCUGGGAAGUUGACGAAGAGGAUGAGUAUGAGUGUGUCAGUGUCCUCAACUCCCACACACAAGAUGUCAAGCACGUGGUUUGGCACCCAAGUCAGGAGCUCUUGGCCUCUGCCAGCUACGACGACACAGUGAAACUCUACCGGGAAGAGGAGGACGACUGGGUAUGCUGUGCCACCCUGGAGGGCCAUGAAUCCACUGUGUGGAGCGUGGCCUUUGACCCCAGCGGUCAGCGCCUGGCAUCCUGCAGCGAUGACCGGACUGUGCGCAUCUGGCACCAAUAUCUGCCAGACAACGAGCAAGGGGUGGCAUGCAGCGGCUCCGACCCCAGCUGGAAAUGUGUCUGCACUUUGUCGGGUUUCCACUCCAGGACCGUUUACGAUGUCGCUUGGUGUCAGCUGACUGGGGCCCUGGCUACAGCUUGUGGAGAUGAUGCCAUCCGGGUGUUUGAGGAGGACCCUGGCUCCGACCCGCAGCAGCCUACCUUCUCUCUGACAGCCCACUUGCCUCAGGCCCAUACCCAGGAUGUGAACUGUGUGGCGUGGAACCCCAAGGAGCAAGGGCUUCUGGCUUCCUGCAGUGAUGAUGGGGAGGUGGCCUUCUGGAAGUACCAGCGACCUGAAUGAAGGCCUUUGGACCAUCUCUACUUUGGACAGAUUUGUGGCUCCCCAGAAAGCAUCCAGCCUGGCCUCGAGAUGACCUGGAGGCUCAUUAACCUUGACUUCACUUGCCUCUACUUCAUAGAAGUAUGGCACUAGACCAGUAUUCCCACGCUCCCCUCCUUUGAUGGGGCCUCAGUAAAGAGCCGGGGAAGAUCAGUACAGCGGUUGCUAGCCCCCAGCUUUUGCUUGCUGUAGGACACAGGGACAAACUAGUGUUCAACUUUGGAUGUGAAUGUGCGAUACAUGUAUGUGGGAUGGGAUGUACCUAGAACAUGGUCUGAAAUUGUAAGUUUUAAAUAACCCACCCGUUCUGAACUGAAAUUAGUUUUGCUUUCCGAAUUGCUGGCUAAAAGCUAUGCAUGUAAGAUUAUAUAUACAUCCACACA